UUCUGUCGAUAAGGUAACAAUAAACUUAUAUUUGGCGUGUUCCAUUAUAUAUUAAUACCUUACGUCUUCCUUGUGGCUUAUCAGGAAAACAUGAUCCAUUAUAUACAUACAAUCAGUUAGAUAUAUAUACAUGAAUGUACAAUUAUUUAAAUUGCGAGUAAGCCAUUCUCUCCAAUUCUGUGACUAAAAUGCAUGUGGGGAAUUAUGACUUCAUCAGGUUUAAACAUGAUUUAAAUGCAUGUUGUUAUUUUUUAUAGUCUUGGUCAGACAUGUAACCAUGUGGCAGGACUACUCUUCCGCAUUGAGCAUGCAAAUACCAUGGGACUGACAUCAUGCACCUCCAGUAAAUGUGUUUGGGUUACCCCUGGUAAGACCGCUCCACUUCCACCAAGCAAACUGAAGGACAUGGAUUUCAAGAAAUCUCAAUAUGUUAAAAAGCUUCCAGACCAUUAGUUGGAAAAUUAAAGGCUGCUUUCAAUGUGCUUCCCUGCGAAAUGGAUACUGAGGCGAUUCAGAAAAGCAUGAUGGCAAAGCUUGUAGAGGUCCAGCCGAACGCUUGUGUAUUGAAAGGCAUAUCAAUGAAAACAAAGAAGAAAGUCUUAAUCCAACAACCAGAGAAGACAGAAGAUCUUUCCAAAUCUACCAUGGAGGUACUAAUUUCCAGAUCUAUAGAGGAGCUGGCAUCUGAUGAUGUACAGUCAAUUCAGGAGGCUACUACUGGUCAGUCAGAUAACCAUCGCUGGACCGAAAUGAGGAAAGGAAGGAUAACUGCAUCAAACUUCCAUGCAGUGGACACCAAAGUUUGCUCUUAUGAAAAAAAGGUGGAAUGUGAUGUUAAGCCUCUAAUAAGAAAUAUUAUGGGAUAUACAACAGUUAACCCAAAUGUUAAGUCUCUCAAGUAUGGCAGAGAAAUGGAACCUGUUGCAAAGAAAGACUUCUUGAAGUUGUAUUGUAAACAUCACAGGAGUGUCAUUUUUUCUGAAUGUGGACUUUUUGUAGAUAAAAGGCAUCCUUUUCUUGGAGCCAGUCCAGAUUUGCUUCUGUCCUGCUCCUGUUGUGGAGAAGGGUUGCUGGAGAUCAAGUGUCCAAUGGUGAAAAAGUGUGAAGUUAGUUUAUCAUUUUGUACAUGUAAUUUACCCAAUUGUCUUACCAAAACCAACCCUCCCACUUUAAAGAAACUGGGUUACUAUGCUCAGAUUCAGGGGCAAAUGGCAUUAACAAACAGAAAAUGGUGUGUAUUUUUUGUUUAUACAUGAAAUGGAUCACAUAAUGAAAAGAUUUUCUUUGAUGAUGUCUAUUAUAAUAAGAUGCUUAAAA